UUCUCCUGUCUCAGGGAGAAAAGAAUUCACCAAGCCCUAGAGCCUGACUCACUCGCUGUGUGAGCAUGAAUUAACCAGGAAUGUUCGAGAAUUAUUCCUGAAUAAUUCAUGAACCUGAAUUAAUCAUGCAUUUUCAUGAAUUAUUCAUGAAUAACUCAUGGAAAUGCAAGGUUUAUUCAUGCUCCAAAAAACCCAAGGCUUUUUCUCUUCUCUUCUGCUCUGCCUCCCUUGGGGACGGCAGGUGGGAGCUUUCUAAGCCAGACAAAGGAGACCUGACAAGGAACUGUGGUGAAGGGACAAGCCCAAGGCAAAGAAGUGGCCGGUCACCUCUUCUCCUGGAGCAGGCAGCUGAGACCUGGAUAGACAGGAGAUAUUUUGCAAGACUCAGCACCUGGAGCAGUGCUAACCAGGUGGGCAGCCCCAAUGUCAACCAAGCUCUACGUCCUCAUCAGCUGGCCCGAUGGCAGCCGGGUGAUCAACAUUGAGAACAUCAAGGAGCCCCGCAAGCCCUUCCACCUCUAUGCAGUGGGUGAGCAGGUGCUGGCCCGCUGCCCUGGCUUCAGCGGGCUCUACUGGGGCAUGGUGGAAGGCAUAAGUGAGCAUAAAGAUAUUUUAGAGAAGAAGCUGCUGGAAGAUAGACAGCUCCUGGAGAAGCUGAAAGAAGAACCAGCUGUCCAUAGCAUGAUGCCACCCCAGCCAAAGAAAUCCAGGAAAACCUUCCCAAAAUGGACCCCGGGGAAUACAUCCAGGAAACACCACAGCGACAGGACUUACCCAGCAAAGCCCCUGCUGAGGGCGGCCGAGGCCAGCCUGCCCCGUGAUGCUGGCAGCUCUUCCAUCAUCAAGGAGAGACGUGCCCUGGGCAAUGCAGCUGCAAGGUCCCGCUCACUGGCAGGUCCCCCUCACCCAGCCAGCGCCUUCACACCACCAUCCACGUUUGUCACCGUGGCCAUGCCGGGGACUUCCCAGGGUGAAGAGGAAGGGGUUGGUCCAGCUGCUAGAGAUUAUGUUGCCCUGCCGAUGAAGAGGAAGUCAGAUGGCACCUUGUCCCAAUGCCAGCAACACAUCUGCCUGAACAGCUGCGAAGAGCACAAGCUCGAUGCUUUGCAAGGAACAGAUGACUUCGAGAGAGUUCAGAAAAAUUUUGGUCCUGCUGAAAUGGAAAGGGUGGAGAAGAUAGAGCAGCUGGAGAGGAUGGUGUUGGAUCUCCAACAGGAUGUCCUCUCUCUGAAGAAGAAGGUGCAGAGGCUGGAAUCCCUGUCCUUCCAGGAGGAGCCCCACCGGCAGCCGUGCGAGGUGGUGGAGCUCUUCAAUGGCUACACCAAGGAACAGCUCAAAGAGACCAUUCGCUUUGACCAGAAAAUCAGCACUGCCUGCAAAACGCUGCUUUACAAGCUAUUCACAUCUGACUACAUCCAGAGCCACUCCAUCACAGGCCGGAGGGGCAACACUUUCCGAGAGGCGAAGCCCAUGAUGGAUGAACGCUGCAUCAAAAUCAUCCGGGUGCUGUUGAAGCAGAAGUUUGGAGAUCACCUCAGUGACACAGUGAUCACGGAGAAGAUACAAAAUGUGCAGAAAGCCCUGAGGCAGAAGUUUAAGACAGAAUGUCUCUGAUGUGCAGGAGGCUUGCUGUCUCUUCCUGCCAUGCUCAUCCGUGUACUUAAGCAAAGACAAGACGAGUCCAACCUGCUGCUAUUCGGCUGAUUCCCCCCAGGGAGCCAACCCCAGUGAACCUCACAAUGCAAAGCUUUUGCUGCCAAACCUCUGCCUGCAUUAAUGGAGCAGAUGUUUGGGAUGUUUGCCCAGCUUGGCUAGGCUUUUGCACAUCUGCUCCCACUUCACAAGUUCCUUCCAUCCAGCCUGUGUGCAAGCAUCACUGCGGGGUGAUUCUAAUGAUCUCCGGAGCUUUUUGAUGGACGUGCUCAAAACCUUGAGGGUUCCCCUUGGGUUCAAGUAUGGGUCAAUAAAUCAGCUUUGUUCCACCUUGCAGUGGGAUAGGGAGAGAAAGACUGGCUCUGAGGCAGGUGGACUUUGUGUCACCCAACACGGCUUCUCUCUGCAUGCCUGUGGUUGCCUCUUCCUGCCUGUAGGACAAUAUUUCCUCUCUUUGCUCCCAGUGAAUGUGUUUUAGAAUUUCUUGCAGUAACAGAAAGGCGGAUUCAUUAAAACACCACCAGAAA